CAUCACUGUCAAAAAUAACAUUGCAUUAAAGAAAGUACUUAUGGAUGAGUACAUGUAGUUUGUAAUACUUGAAUGAUAUUUAGACUUUACGUUGAUUGCUUUCGAAAUCCUUUUUAUACUUUUUCUACUUCUUUGUUCUUUUUUUUUUCUUUUUUUUUUUGUACGCGAUAGGGACAAAUUACUGAAUGAUUAGAAAUUGCAGAAAUAAAUUAAAAAAUACCGGUUGCAAUAUGCUUAAAAUAUAGGAUGUUAUUCAUAUGGAAUGUUAUAGUAAAUGUCUGACUUAUCACAAUGAUGGAUAGAACAAGUAAAAAGCAAAUCAUUCACAGUGAAAAGGAGGAAAAUAAUCAAAGCAAAAGUGUAGAUCAAAGGAUUUCCAGAGACUCAGAUUUAGAUACAUUGUAUACAACUCGAUUAGAUUCUAUGAGUCAGGAAGACAUUGAAAAAAAAGUUCAAUGUCUGAAACAUGUAUUGGAGAAGGAUUUGAGAGCAGCUGAUUUAAAAUGGUCCCUAUUUGUAGCAGCUUGUAAUACAUAUCGCUAUGACACUUGUUUGAAGCCAUUUCCAUCAAUGUAUAUAAAAAAUGAAUGCAAGGAUAUUGAAGCUUUGAGGAGAGCUAUAGAAGUAAUUCCUCCACUGGCUGUGAUAUUGAAAGCAUUAUCAGAGCCAGACGCAUAUGAAAACUAUGGAACAGCUAUAGACUUGUUGCAUUGGGUUUUAGUGCGUUUGAGAGAUCCUUAUAUUAAAAGCAUCAAAAAAGAAAGUUAUGACUCAAUAUUGAGAAAAGUACCUUCAGAAAUGUCGAUAGUCGCGCCAAAUUUAAUAUUCCAAGUCACAAACACAAAACAAUCUACUUCAGAAGACAGGUGGAAAACAAUUGCUCAAGGUCACACAACAUUUUAUGCUUAUCACGGAAGUCGAUUAGAGAAUUUUCAUUCCAUUAUACAUUAUGGUCUACAACAGAGUAUGUGUAAGAACUCGUUGUUUGGUAAAGGAAUAUAUCUUUCAAGUGAGUUAGGUGUAAGUUUACCAUAUAGUCCAGUUGGCUAUGGAUGGGGAGGUAGUGUAUUGGGAAGUGAAAUGAGCUGUAUAGCUCUAUGUGAACUCAUCAAUCAUGCAGAUGUAAAGACUGGAGAUUCAGAAGAUAAUGCUAGAAAUCUAGUCACAGAUUCUAUAGGUGGAAGAGUUCCAAAUAAGUAUUAUUUGGUAACAAACAGUGAAUUGGUAAGAGUACGAUACCUCCUUAUUUACAGUCAACAAGUUCAAGCAGCAAGAUGUACUGAUAAUAAAGGAUUGUUAGCAUGGUUCAAACAACAUAAAUUAUUAACAUUCGUGCUUGGUUAUGUGGUACUAUUGGCUUCAGUGGGACUGACUCACAACAAACAAGUUGAAAAAUAUUAUAAAUUAUUUGCUCAAAAAGUUGGACUGGAGUAAAACAUACUUUUUAAUACAAUAAGUCAUCCAUCCAUUAAUAUGUACAUUAGGAUAAAAAUUAUUUUCUUUUUUA